AUGUCUACUGAAGAUUUGUAUGAAGAUUUGGACCCGAUUCGUGACCCAGAAACAGCAUAUUUAAGAACCACGCAAUUAAUGAAAAAACAUUUUGGAUACAAUAACCCCAGAAUUCUUGGAGAAGGCUCAUUUGGAUCUGUGAUUCGCUUUAACCAUCCAGAAAAUGAAGACGGAGUGGCCGUGAAAUUGCUGUAUUUAAAAGAGGUCAAUGAGAGUGAGCGAAAACUUUGGAUUAGAUUACGCCACGAAAAUAUUGUACCACUUCAAAGAUUAACCAUGUUCCCAACACUCAAUAUUGCUUGCUUCGAAAUGCAGGUCUACCCUUACGACCUGAUGAAAGCGGUAACCUCAAAUGAGUACCUCGAAAACACAGAUUCCCUCAAUCAGUUAAAAUUAUGGCUACAUCAAGUAUUAAGUGGAUUAGACUAUUUACACUAUAAGAAUCUUUGCCACCUGGAUAUGAAGUCGGAUAAUGUUCUGAUAUCACGGCGAGCUUCCAAGGCAAUGAUAGCAGAUUUCACAUUCCUCAACAGAACGACAUCCUGCAUAGGAAGCGACGACAUCGGCUUGCCUAUUAUGUAUCAACCACCAGAAGCCUUUCGUGUGCUUAAAAAGGGUGAAUCAAUCGAUGGUCGUGCCUUUGACCUGUGGACAUACGGCCUCAUGUCCUUCGAGGUACUCAGUAAUUUCCAUAUGGUACGAUCCUUCGCUUGCCGACAUUUGGGCACAGAACUUCGUCAUGCUUCAAUAAGGGGAGCCUUGCAGGAAGAGGCCUUCACCGAUAAAAUAAAAACAGCACUCCCUGCAGUGGAAAUCACUUAUGAGGAUGUAAAACUGGCUCUGGAUUUCAUACAUUCAUUCCUCAAAUCCGAUCCAUCUGCAAGAAUCACGGCUGAAACCGGCAUGAAACAUAAAUUUCUGGGGCAGGGAGAUUACGUAUGUAACGAUGUUGAUGCACUCUGGCAGCUUCCAAAUCCGACAACUGAGAGCAUUUAUGGCCCGACGAUUUAUCAUCAUCAGAUAGAAGAACCAACCAUCAGAAGGAGGGAAGAAGCCUUCACAGACAAAAUAAAAACAGCACUCCCUGCAGUGGAAAUCACUUAUGCGGAUGUAAAACUGGCUCUGGAUUUCAUACAUUCAUUCCUCAAAUCCGAUCCAUCUGCAAGAAUCACGGCUGAAACUGGCAUGAAACAUAAGUUUCUUGGGCAGGGAGAUUUCGUUUGUAACGAUGUUGAUGCACUCUGGCAACGCCCAAAUCCGACAAGUGAGAGCAUUUAUGGCCCGAAGAUUUAUCAUCAUCAGAUAGAAGGACCAACCAUCAGAAGGAGGCCUGGAGACACAUUCAAGGAUGGAUACACUUGCUGA